AUGUUCAGGUGGAUGCUACUUCUGUUGGCUUUAGGCAUCCUACUGGUGCCUGGGGAAGCGAGGAGAGCUCGCAAUCGUCACCGAAAUAAGUCUAAGGUACAAAUCGGUCUACCAAUCACUGGCAAGUACCGAGACCCCGAAUCCGACCAAUACUACAAUAGCGAGGAUGGUGCAAAGAUUGUAUUGGCUUCUCACUUUGAUUUUGAAUACGUUCUGGGCCACAAAAUUGCCUUUUUAUGCACUGCAAAGGGGAAACCACGACCCCAAGUAACGUGGUUCAAGGAUGGAGUCGAGAUACUCGCGCACCACAAUUUACACAUUCACGAAUGGCUGAUAGGUAACGAGAAAGUGAAGUCCAAGCUGGAGAUAGAUCCAGCUACUCAAAUGGACGCAGGAGUCUAUGAAUGUACCGCAGAUAAUAUGUAUUCCAUUGAUCGUCGGUCGUUUAAAACAGACUUUUCUAUUGCCUUCGAUUAA